GAGCGGCGCACAUAGCCGAGAGGGGAGGGGAGGGAAGCCGAGAAGAAGAGCCAAGGAGACGCAGUGGGGCACAGCACGGACUGCGAGCGAAUCACACCGACGCACUGACAUCCCAGCAGCCCGUCUCCGAAUUUCCAGUCAAAGAGCGACCUGUGCGGUGCGCGCCGAAUCCUUCCAGCAUGGAGACUGCGUUAAAAAACAAGCACUAAAAUGUGAGAUUUACAGAGGAAAUCAGAAGAGAGAAAGAGAGCGAGCGUGUGUGUGUGUGAGAGAGAGAGAGCGAAAGUGGCUAUCUCCUUUAUCUUUUGCGGGUGAUCUCAAUUCUGUGCUCUGCAGUCUGAAAAUGAAGAAGUUCAACAUUAGGAAGGUGCUGGACGGCUUGAAAGAGGUUUCCUCCUCCACCCCGUCUGUCCAAGUGGGGCCACAGGAGAACCAUCUGAUCCAGGAGACCCUCCAGUCCGACCACUUCCAGCUCUGCAAGACUGUCCGUCAUGGCUUCCCCUACCAGCCGUCGUCCAUGGCUUUCGACCCCGUGCAGAAGAUACUGGCCAUCGGCACCCAGAGUGGGGCUCUCAGAUUGUUUGGUCGUCCAGGGGUGGAGUGUUACUGUCAACACGAGAGUGGAGCAGCCGUUAUCCAACUACAGUUUCUCAUCAAUGAGGGAGCGCUGGUGAGUGCUCUGGCUGACGACAGUGUUCACCUGUGGAACCUGAGGCAGAAGAGACCAGCCAUCCUCCACUCCCUCAAGUUCAGCAAAGAGAGAAUAACUUUCUGCCACCUGCCCUUCCAGAGUAAAUGGUUGUACAUCGGCACAGAACGAGGGAACAUCCACAUCGUCAACGUGGAGUCCUUUAUGCUCUCAGGCUACGUCAUCAUGUGGAACAAAGCCAUUGAACUGUCAACCAAGGCUCACCCUGGACCAGUUGUGCACAUAAGCGACAACCCCAUGGAUGAGGGAAAGCUUAUAAUUGGAUUUGAGUCUGGGAUCGUGGUCCUGUGGGAUCUGAAAUCAAAGAAGGCCGACUAUCGCUACACUUACGAUGAGGCUAUCCACUCAGUUGCUUGGCAUCACGAGGGCAAGCAGUUCAUUUGCAGUCACUCAGAUGGAACUCUGACCAUAUGGAACAUCAGAGGCCAGGGCAAGCCCAUACAGACAAUCACCCCGCACGGAAAACAGCCCAAGGACGGGAAGAAGCCAGAGCCUUGUAAACCCAUUCUCAAAGUAGAGUACAAAACCACUAGAAUUGGUGAGCCCUUCAUGAUCCUGUCUGGUGGUCUGUCCUAUGACACGGUGGGCCGGCGGCCAUGUUUGACAGUAAUGCAUGGGAAGAGCACCGCCGUGCUGGAGAUGGACUAUCCUAUUGUAGACUUCCUCACACUGUGUGAGACACCAUACCCUAACGAUUUUCAGGAACCUUACGCUGUGGUGGUCCUUCUAGAAAAGGAUUUAGUGGUGAUCGACCUUGCACAAAAUGGUUACCCCAUAUUCGAGAACCCGUAUCCUCUGACUAUCCAUGAGUCUCCUGUGACCUGCUGCGAGUACUUUGCCGACUGCCCUGUGGACCUCAUACCUGCACUUUACUCUGUUGGCUCGCGGCAGAAACGACAGGGCUACAGCAAAAAGGAAUGGCCUAUUAGUGGUGGAAACUGGGGUCAAGGCACACAGAGCUACCCAGAGAUCAUCAUCACUGGGCAUGCUGAUGGGACUGUGAAGUUCUGGGAUGCCUCUGCAAUAAUGCUCCAGGUGCUCUAUAAACUCAAAACAGCCAAGGUUUUUGACAGAAACAGGUCCAAGGAGGACAAGGGCAGCACUGAGACGUCAGAUGAAGACCCCUUUGCCAUUCAGAUCAUGGCCUGGUGCCCUGAGAGCAGGAUGCUGUGUGUGGCCGGGGUGUCAGCUAACAUUAUCAUCUACCGCUUCAGCAAACUGGAAGUAACUACUGAGGUGGUGCAGUUACUAGAGGUGCGAAUGCAGUACGAGCUGAACGACAUAGAGUCUCCGGACGGUGGAGAACAGGCGCUUCCCACCCCCGGUGCCUCCCCUCAGACAAGCGGCCCACCGUCACACCCAUCCACCAGCAGCAACAACUCUGACGGAGGCAACAUGCCCUGCCUCAAAGUGCGCAGUACUCCUUUAAAGCAGUCUGCUGGUUACCAGGUAGAUUUAGUGGUCCAGUUGGUGUGGGUGAGUGGAGAGCCUCCACAGCAGAUCACAAGUCUGGCGCUCAAUUCCUCCUACGGUCUUGUGGUGUUUGGCAACAGUAACGGUCUGGCAGUGGUGGACUACGUCCAGAAGACGGUAGUGCUCAACUUGGGGACGGUCGAGCUUUAUGGCUCCAAUGACCCUUACCAGAGACAGCCCCGCUCGCCAAGAAAGACACGACAGCCCUCUGGAGGUCUGUGCGACAUCAACGAGGGCUCGGCCACAUCAGAGGACCGCUGCAAGUCCCCGACUUCAGCAAAGAUGUCACGGAAAUUAAGCUUGCCUACUGAGCUAAAGCCAGACUUGGUCCUCCUGUCUGUAUGCCCGCCACGGGGUGCCAACCCAUUAGACCAUCGGGACAAUUCUUUCAGCCGCUCGCGCUCCUCCAGCGUUACCAGCAUCGACAAGGAAGCUCGAGAGGCCAUCAGCUCCUUCCACUUUAGUGAUACCUUUGCCAGGAAGGGAGACAGCACGUUGACGCCAUGCCUGUAUGUGGGCACAACUCUGGGCACCGUGCUGGCUCUAGCGCUCACAUUGCCACCUGCUGGGGAGCAACGGCAACUGCAGCCCGUUAUCCUUUCACCUACAGGCAUGUUGGUGCGACUGAAGGGCAGCAUCAUGCGGAUGGCUCUCCUGGACUCCACAGGUUCAAUGCUGCCGCCUGCGUUUGAGCCUUGGUUUGAACCCAACGUAACAGCAGAUGGGGAAGAACGAGAGAAGGUCCGUAAGCGCCGGCCUGUCUCAGUGUCUCCUUCCACCUCCCAGGACCUCAACGAGAGCCAGUAUGCUGUGGUGUGUUCAGAGAAACAGGCCAAAGUCAUGUCCCUCCCCUCCCAGACCUGCAUCUACAAACACAGUAUCACAGAGGCCUCCUUCAUCCUACGGGCAGAUGUUGUGCAGAUGAGCCAAGGCGUGUGUCUGGCCUGUUUCUGUGCCAAUGGCCACAUCAUGACCCUCAGUGUGCCAGGACUGAGACCGCUUAUGGACGUAAACUACCUGCCUUUGACUGACAUGCGGAUAGCAAGGACAUUCUGCUUCACUAACCUGGGUCAGGCCAUGUACCUCUGCUCCCCCACUGAGGUCCAGAGGAUCACUUACAGCCAGGACACCUGUGAAAACCUACAGGAGAUGCUGGGGGAACUUUUUACACCAGUGGAGACACCAGAGGCCCCCAACAGAGGGUUCUUCAAAGGCCUUUUUGGCGGAGGAGCUCAGUCGCUGGACAGAGAGGAACUUUUUGGUGAGAUCUCUUCUGGAAAGGCAUCCCGAAGUCUGGCCCAGCACAUCCCAGGCCCGGGUGGCUUGGAAGGGAUGAAAGGGGCAGCGUCAGGUGUGGUUGGAGAUUUGGCACGCGCCCGGAUAGCGCUGGACGAGAGAGGCCAGAAACUGGGCGAGCUGGAUGAGAGGACAGCUGCCAUGAUGGCCAGCGCAGAUUCCUUUUCCAAACAUGCUCAUGAGAUGAUGCUGAAGUGCAAAGACAAAAAAUGGUACCAGUUCUGAACGGUGACGGGGGAGGAGCAGAGUUAUGUGGACGCAACUGUCAUCUUCCAUUGGCUCAUUUGGACUCACCGUGACCCCAACCCAUCUGUCUGUCCAUACAUCCAUCCCUCCAAGCCUUCUUCACUGGGACACGUGGGAUUAUCUUCCCUAGCACAAUGUUGAAUACUGUUCUUACCUCAGUCUUAGGGUGGAACUGAGGGGUAGACAGGGGUGAAGGACAACCUCAGAGGGAGCACAUAAACGGUGUCUUUUUUUUAAAGUUUUUGUCUCUUUGUUUAUCUCUGUUCAACUUCUCCUCCGAGGUAGCCGAUUGGCCCACGCACCUGGAGAUUCUUCAUACUCAUUUGCCAAAAUGUCGUUUAAUGUUGUCUCCACUCUGAGCCCAUCGGGGCCAUGUCAAACCAACGAACAUAACUGAAAAAAAGACAAGUAUCUAUUGAAGAAACAGACUAAAAAACAUUCUUAAAAAUGUAAAAAGAAGGAAAAAGAAUCUAAAUACAUCAUUAUAUAUACAUAAAUCUAAUAAAUGUGCAACACUGUAUCCACUUCCGAGUGACAAGUACAAAAGAAAAGGAAAACUCAUCAAAGAGGAAAGAGCAGCGUGUGACGGCGGCGUUGGAGAGCCACAGGAAGAGCUGCGGCUGUGAUGCCUCCUCUAUGCAGAGAGUCACAGGGAUAAAAGCAACUUAAUCUGAUGUACACUGGGUAUUUUGUCAUCUCGCUCAACCUCUAGACUCUCCUCUGUAUCUUACAGACUUUCAUAUCGUUACCAACAGUGUGCGUGUGUGUGUUAAUUUCUAUUUUCUUGCCAUUCCUCUAUUUGUUAUUCGUUGGGUUUAUUGCUCUGUCUGUAUUAUUGGAAAAUCUCUUAUUUUUCUAUGGUUGUGAAAGUGGAUGAUAUUUGAUUUGUUGAAAAAAUACGUUUUGUGGCUUUUAUCUAACAACUCAAAUUAAUUUCUCCUUAUGAAAAGGGCUGGAAUCUAAAAAGGAGGGCAAGGAUAUAAAAGGCAUAUAUCAUUUAGUGCUCACUGACAUGGCUACAUCUGAUUUACUUACUCUGAAAUUUUAAAGCAAGUGCGUAUGAACCACACACUUUUAUUGUUUACCUGAUGUGAUGUUAACUGCCUCUCAACCUCUAAUGACGUAAGCUUCCAUAGUUUGUGAGUGUGACUGUACAAUUGCUGACGGACAUCAGUGUUAAAUACACAAAAGUCUAGCCAGAUUUUGUGGAGUAUCCAAGUUCUGCAGUACACACCGAUAUGGCGAUUACAUUCACAUGAGGAGAAACAAAUCUUUGUGUAUUCAUAUAUGCAGAAUCAUAGUAAUACAGAUGUGUAAUCCUUUAAAAAUCAUAUGUUUAAAACACAUUUCAGGUUUUGCUGACAGUUGUCUGUAUGAGAAAGUUGUCUUUGUUUAUAUUUAUUUAUUAAGGUGCAAAAGACAGUUGUGUUUGGUGUCAGAAACGUUCACCUCCAUUAUUAUCUUGUUUCUAUUUCCAUAUUUGCAGUAAAGCUCAAAUGUGGUAUAUCUCUCUGUCUACCUGGCUUUUAACCUUUAUUUGUAUAUAAGUAAAUAGUUUGACAAUCUAAGACCAACUGGAAAGUAGAUGUCGAGGUUGCUCGAGCAGAAGAGGAGAGAGGCCAUAUUUUUUCUGACGCCAAAGAGUUGCUUUAGCUUUUCCAUUGCAUUAUGAUUUGGCUCGUCAUUUCACCGGACGGUAUCGUACAUACAGACAGGAUCAGGUCCAUUAAGAAAUAUAUUAUUCAUCAUAUUUCAGGGUUCAAGAAAUGGAGAAAUGUGCAAUGGAACUCAGCCAUUUAUAGUACUAUGGUUUCACAAUAUGUCAUAUAUGUAACUUUUGGACUAAUGUUUAAUGUUUGAAGUGCCCUAACUGUCGGUUGAUAACAAAACAAAAACCUAAACCAUUCAUCUGUGUGUGUGUUCAUGAAUGAGUGUUUCUAUGUCUCUCUGUGUCAGAGUGUGAUCAUGUAAAUUAGGUGAUAUAAUUUAGGAUAUUGGUUGUUUAAUAAUUGAUGUACAAGUCAGCAGGCCGUGUUCAGUUGAGUGUCUGCCACACUAACUAAAGCCACCAAUGGUGAUAAAAAGAUAACCAUAUGAUAAUGAGCAUAAGAGAAUGACCUCUAAAAAUCCGGUUUUAUUUAAAUGCCGCAUGUCUGGUCUUUGCACACAUGCUUCGACUCUCCUCCACUGCAGUCUUUGCGUUUUCUCUCUUCCUCCAGGGAGUCUUCCACUGACUCUCUGGGUUCACAGCGACAGAUAUGGCCUUCUCUGUGUUUAGUAAAGCAUUAUUGUGUGGAUGUUGGUAGAUAGCUCUGUCUUUAAUCCCCAAGGUAAAGAAUAGGAAAAAACAACUUCAGGAAAAAUAAGUAGUUUUAGCUAGAGUUCAUUCCCAUAAACUUGUUCAAUGUCUUUCCCUCCAACCCAGCUGUUAUUUGUGUGUUAUACUUUUUUAUUUUGUACAAUGUCAUGCCUGUUUUUCAUCUCUGUGUGACUUGUUCCUUGUCCCUUCAUACAGUAUGCAGUAUUCUUACCCGAUACAAUCCACACACUCAAGCAGCAAGAGGGAGUCCUGUCUAUCUGCCAUAUGCCAUCUUCUGUCCUGGAUUCAACUGUUAUCAGUGGGUUGCAGUAUUUUUCUCAUUGUAGCCGAUUUUCUUGUACAGUUUUAUGCAACUUUCACAUGGAUGUUUAUGACUUUAUCUGCUGCCACACAAAUUUAAAAAUUAUGUAGAUAGAGAUUACUGUGCAAUGGAAAAUAAAAGUGGAAAAUGUA